AUGAACAUGAACAGGAAACGUGUUGAAAUUCUGGACAAGUUGAUGGCUGAUGGUGAGAAGCUAGCUCCAGAAGAUAAGCUAUUUACCUAUAAAGGGAUUUUGUAUCCUCUUGCUGUUUGCAAGCUAGAAAAUUUCCAAGCUCUUGAAACCUUUGAAGCCAGAACGGAUGAUGUGAUCCUGGUAGGAUAUCCUAAAACAGGUACAAACUGGCUUGAAACCAUGCUACGUGACUUGGAAUUCAGGGCUGGGAAAUAUACAGAAGAGGAAUAUAAAAGAAGAAUGGCAAUUGAAGAGGAAUUGGCAGUGCCUCCACGUCUUGAGUUUGAGGAUCUAGACGCCAUCAAGAGGAUGACGAAAUUACCUUCCAGAAGGAUCAUAGUAACUCAUCUCCCUCCCCAUUUACUACCCAAAUCUAUUUUCAAAAGUAAAGCCAAGAUACUGGUGCUGACUCGGAAUCCCAAAGAUACAGUGGUGUCUUAUUUUCAUUUCAACAAUAAUUUUCCUGGCUUUCCUAAUGCAACAUGGGAUGCAUAUUUCACAGAUUUUAUGAAUGGACAAGUGUGUUGGGGCUCCUACUUUGACCAUGUCUCAGAAUGGGACAAGUACAUUGAUGAUGAAAAUGUCAUGGGCAUAUGUUACGAAGAACUUAAGGAGGAUCUACAUUCAGGAUUGCAAAAAAUAGCUAAAUUCUUUGGGUUUUCCCUGACUGAAGAAGAAAUUAAAAGUGUUGCCGAAAAAGGCAGUUUCAAAGCUAUGAAGCAGAAAUCUGCUGAAACUCAUGGAGCAUUUGGAGAUGUUCUUUUCCGCAAAGGAUCUGUUGGUGACUGGAAAAGCCUGUUCUCAGAAUCUCAGAACCAAGAAAUGGACAGAAGGUUUGAAGAGUGUUUAGCCAAAAGCAAACUAGGAGCAAAGAUGAAGUAUGAGGUUUACUGCAAGAUCUGAGGAGGCAACCUAUAUUCGAAGGGCUGCCUGCCUCCUGCAUUGUCUCUUGGAAUACAAUUAGCUUUGUCACUUUCAACAACAACAACAACAACAACAACAUAUUUAUACCCCCACCCUGCCUGGCUGGGUUUCCCCAGCCACUCUGUGUAUCAAUACAUUGAUGGAGGCAUAAUGUUUCCUGUGUCUUGCAAUUUCAGCAGUUUUGAUAUUUAAGUAGGGUGGCCUGUUUAAAUUAUGGAUGCUUGAGGAAUUUUUUCUUUGUGGAUCUUAAUUCAAACUGACUUGAUCUCUGCUCACGGACUAUUAUAUGAAUCAGAACAUAGUUAUCCUUCAGAUUUUGCUUUUCCCUGAACAUUGCAAAGCAGCUUCCAGUUGAAACUAUGUUUUAUAAUGUGUCAGGGACUGGGCAGAGGAGGAAUAGUGGAGAGACCGCCUCCCCAGCCUGACCCUUCCAGAGAAGAGGAAGACAGUUCAGAAUUACA